AUGGAGUAUAGGUUUAGUUAUGAUCCUUCUCAACCUAUUAGGGAGAAUGACCAUGUGCUAUUAAUGGAUCACAUUAAGAGGUGUUUUGUAAUCAAGGUGGAGAGAAACAAAUUUGUUAAAAUCUGUAAGGAUAAAUUCAAAAUCGAUACCAUAAUUGGACUCAAUUACGGAGUUAUUUUCACCAAAGUCGACAACGAGUGGAUUAAGGUCGACAGGAGGGACGACAGGCACGGAAGCUACUGGGACCUGCUGGAGAGCGAGUACCAGGACCAGGAAGAUGCGGACUCGGCCCCCUCGAAGGACUUUCGCAGCAUCGCAGACGACACUAGGUCCCAGAAGUUGACGGCCGACGACAUAAAUGAGAUGAAGAAGAACGUGAACGCCUCGGAGCUGAUAACUGCAAUCGUUCAGAAUUCUGAGACCUUCCAGUCGAGGACCUCCAUGUCGAAGGAGAAGUACAUUCGUCGCAAGGAGUUCAGGCAACAAUGCCUGCGCAGGUACAUGAGAUUCGAAUCUCUUGGAAUGAUGCUGCACUCCGCAAAUGUGCAGCAGGGGCACCGGUCAAUCGUGUUUGACCACUCUCUGGGCCUCAUUACGGGAGCAAUCGCACAGCGCUUACAAGGCACUGGUAAAAUAUACCGACUUGUUACCAAGGGCGUGUCUGACAAAAUUGUGCACGAAUUGGGGGUAAACUACUAUGACAAUAUACUCUCUGUGGACUAUGAACAGGUCAUUAGGUACUGCGGAGGCCAGGAACUCGUAAAGAGUGGAGAACCGUCUGAUACGGGAAGGGAUGAAGCUGACGCCGAUCAACCAGCCACUGUGGUCAACGAGCAGGAGUCGCAGUCGAACACUGAGGAUGCCGAUGCUGAUCCAGAUGCAGAUGCUGACGUUGACUCUGAGCAGCCAGUAAAAAGGAGAAAGAAGGACACACUGCCAGGCAUUUACCCCCUGAGCAACGCAACUGAAAGUGACCUGGAGCAGGUUGACCUUGUUAUUGGCAACGUGUCCUUUAACAAGUGCGGCAAGAACAACCCCCUGGUUAACCAGUACACUGCCAGUUUAAUGAAAAUCGCCGACAGGUUUCUUAAAAAUGACGGGAGACUUGUCAUGUUUGGGCAACACUUUCAGCCGCUGUCGCAGUGUUACGCGACGAUGACCCGAUCCAGCCAGUACGUCAACGUGAGGCUCGAUGAGACCUUCCUGAGGGAGUUCCAGGUACUGUCCCCGAUUUUACUCUCUCUUCAGAUUAAGCCCAUGUGCACGCACCCUGUGAUCACCAAGUGCAGGCCCUGCUGUGGAUUUAUACUGUCUGCAAUUAAGAUAUCUGGUGAAGGCCCUGUAUAG